UGUAUCUAUGCAUAGCGUCGCUUGGUUAAUUUAUCAUUUGAGUUCAUUUGGAGCGAUUAUAUUUUUUCAAGAAUUUUUAAUAAAUUAAUUUAUUAAAAUCUAAAAAAUAAUAGCAAAUUACGAUGAAAGGAGGUAAGAAGGCAAAAGUUACUAAUUCAAAAGCUACUGAUGAUAAUGUCGAGGUAUCAGAAGACGAGGAAGAAGAAGAAUAUGUUGUGGAAAAGAUAUGCGGUCGUCGUGUUAGAAAAGGCAAGUUUGAGUAUUUUCUAAAAUGGAAAGGAUAUUCUGAGGAAGAGAAUACUUGGGACCCUGAAGAACAUUUAUAUUGUCAAGAUUUAAUAGAACAAUAUGAGGCCGAACGUACAAAGGAUGAAGCCGGUGCUAGGCAAAAGUCUGAAGCAAAAGAUACGUCAAAUCGUCCAUUCAGUUCGACCAGCAACAAGCGUGAGCCUAAAGACUCCGGCACAAGUAGCAGCAAUUCUGCAAAUAAGAAGAAGCGUCGUGAAUCUGAAAAGUAUGUAAAACCUGAUGGGUUUGUAGGGCAAAAUGAGGUGUAUGGCUUUGAUAAAGGUCUAGUUGCUGAAAAAAUUCUUGGUGCCUCGGACUCCAAUGGUUCACUAACUUUUUUUAUUCAGUUUAGAGGAGUCGAUCAAGCCGAAAUGAUUCCUGCAUCUGUUGUUAAUUUAAAAAUGCCACAAAUGGUUAUUAAGUUCUACGAAGAACGUUUGUCAUGGCAUACUGACAACGAAGAUUAAAUUACAUAAAAUAUUUUAGCACAUACGUUUCGUUUUAAGUAUAACUAUUUUUCAUUUUUGUUGAUAAAUUACAUUUGUGUUUAAGGAUUAUCAUAUCACCAAAACAAUGUUAGAAAAGUAAAAAUAGCAAAUAUACAAUAUAUAUAUAUAGCUGUUUACAGAUUUACUAAACACCUUUUAUAAUUCUAAACAAUCUAAAUUUU